AUGGCAUCCUACUAUCCAGUGGGCGGUGUUGCCCAUCAGAGAGUGCACCCUCUGUACGGUUACGGUUGUUUCGAUUCGUACCGUAUGCCUGCUGUGCCUCCAUCAUACCUGCAGGGCCAUCCCUUCAGUGCCAACAACAACAUCGGCAACAACUUUGCUGCUUAUGGCAAUGGCGAUGUGUCUGCUCCUGCGCAAGCCUCUCACACAUCUGAGGCUCCAGCAGAAGCCACUGGAGGAAUCACUGCGGUGAUGGAAUACAAGCCAGCAACAAUGGCCAGUUUUCUCUCUUGGUGCGUCUACGGUAUGCUCAAGCAAGGCCGUGCUGCCACUGCUGAGUUUGAGCAGGCCAUCGUGUCGAUCUUGCAUGCCACCCGCUUGCCCAAGUCGACCAUCAUCAUCGCCCUUGAGUAUGUGAACCAAAGAUUCGGCAGCAGCGAAGUCAAGGUCUUGGCUGACAACGAGGUCUUUUUGACCAUUGUAGUGUCUCUUGUGUUGGCUAACAAGUUCAACGAUGACAACACCUUCACCAACCGGUCGUGGUCUGGUGCCACUGGCUUGCAGAUCGAAAUGAUCAACAAGGAAGAGGCAUCCUGGCUUGAGGCGGUUGGCUGGAACUUGAACAUUGUUCCUUUCAGAGCCAACAUUGAAUGUCUUGAUGAAUGUUGGAACACCUGGUUGAACCGCUACUCCAAUGAGAAGAUGUACUCUUCUAGCAGUGCGUACACUUCUGCUUAUGCACCUGCUUACACCCCAUCUUAUGGUUCUACCUACACUCCAUCUUCACCUACGUAUGACUAUGGAUUCAACCAGUCUUCGAUCUCGUCGUCUCCUUUGGCCUCGUCUCCUGCCAAGUACAACUACGACUGGCAAAACUCCCAGUACAACUGGGGCCACGGUUUUGCCAACAUGUACUCGCAGCCGCUGAUCUGGGCUCACAACCCGGCUAGCACCUCCCAGUAUGGAUCUGACUUUGCUUCAUACGGAUAUGGUGUGCCAAACACUUAUUACAACUGCAUGGCCUCAUGUUAG